AUGUCUUUGGAUAUAAAUAUGAGAGUGAGUCAUAACUUUUCUGCAGAAAAUCAACGAAAUGACAAGAGUUUAAGCCACACCACAAAUUUUCGAGGAUUUGGAUUUGGACAACUUGCUUUGCAGAGUCUCAAUCCCUUAAACAUUAUUGAUAAUUUAGCGAGAAGAUACGUUCGCAAUAAUAGGCGCAACCCAUAUCGCACCACAAAACAGAACUACCUGCAGCCUGAUUUCGAUACCAACUUUGAUAGUUAUGCAUCAUUCCAUUUAUAUGCAAAAUCUCAUUCAAAUGUUUUUGCUUUAUCUAAUGAGCAGAAAUUAUUCAAUAUACACUUUAAUCUUUUCUCUCGGCUUCCAAUUAAUCAGCCAAAUUUCGUACCGCCGCAGCCGAACUAUAAUUUUGGCCACCAUCCGUGGUAUCCUCCACCAGCUGAAGUUCCUCCUAUACAUAUUAAUUUGCCUCAAAAAUGGAAUCAUGAGCCACCUUAUCAAACUCUUUCUGCACCUGUAAAUCAACAGCAAAUUGUAAACAUACAUGAGCCGUUCAAGUCAAAAAUGCCACCGAGGGAGAAUUAUCAGGAUAUUCGAGAAAUUAAUCGGCAACAAAUUGUAAACCGUGUGACUGAGAAGAAAACGAGGCCAAGAUUAAAUAUGAAGAAUUUUUCAUUUAAUAAUUUGACACACGAAGUUGAUGAUCAUGUGGUGCUGCCAGAAACUAUCCUAGAAGAUCUGCAAGAUUCUGAAUUAUUUCAUAUUUUAGCAAAUAAGAUAUCGGUGCAUCCCAUUGAUAAAGAGUGUGACACAAACUCCCACAGGGCGAGUUUCGUCGUAUUGUUCAAUAUGGACAAUGCGGCUGUGGAUAUUCGUUCCGAAUUUAUUGGUUCAUAUGUAACAAAAACAUUACGAUUAAAACCCGAGAAAUGGUUGCGAGUAGUCGCAGCCGAGGAGUACAAAGCAAUUUUGUUAGAUUUUCUAGACAAUGACACACCGACAAUAUUAAUUAUCACACUGACUUCCUCCUUACAAUUGAUACCUGUCACAAGAUUUCCAGUGUCGCUGAAAAACAAAGGCGUAUAUUUUGUGAAGAAAAGCAUCGCAGCCGUUCCUAAAGAUGUUCCAGAAGAAACGCUGAUUAUAGGCGACAUUGCAACCAAGGCAAUCGAUUAUCUUGCAUCAUUAGUAGAUGAAAUAUUUGUUCCGUUGUUGUGCAAUGUUAAUAAUCAUGAGGAAUGGCCCGCAGUCGUUGCGCAGGAUGUCAACAAACACGUGCAUAGUCUUAAGAGCACCUUGUACCAGGUAAAAGGGCGUGUAAAUGGACAGACCGUUUUACCAAUGCCCGUGGGGGUGGAACGUGUUCAAGAAACAGAAAAUAUUUUGCGACAUACCCCAAAUGCUGAAGUGGAUUUAUAUUUGAAAAGUGCGAUCGAAGGAGUUAUUAUAAAAUGGGCAACACAAGUAAAUGACGUCAUGUCGGAAGAUUCUGCCCAGUCUUUCAGUAACGGGCAAGAUCCUACACCAACCUGCGAGAUUCAAUUUUGGGAAAAACGUUUGCGAAACUUGAGCUACAUAUAUGAACAAUUGCGCACAGAAAGGGUGCGCUGUAUGGCGGUGAUUCUUGAAAAGACUGACAGUGCAUAUUUUCCAUGUUUUAAAACUCUUUUCAAAAAUGUUGUUUCAGCUCUUGACGAAGCAAAGGACAUAACACUGUAUUUGCAGCCGUUAAUGAGACAUUUUGUACAAAUGGAAGAGACCGAUUUUGGGGAUGUUGGUCCUUUAUUGAAGCCUCUUAUGCAUGUCGUUUGCCUGGCUUGUGCAAAUUCUCGAUACUACUGUCAGCCGUCGAAGUUCGUCGUUUUGUUGAAACAAAUUUGUAAUUUGUUAAUUCAACAGGCAAAGCGUUUUUUGGAUCCAACUACUUUAUUUCAUACUGACAUUGAGGAAGCAAUGCAAAGAUUAGAUCAUGCAAUUAACAUUUUGAAGCUAUUCCGUACUCAUUAUGAUUACUAUAAAGAAAGACUACCAACAUUUUUCAAGAACAAGGCACCAGUAUUGUGGACCAUACAUCCGAAUACAAUAUUUCAGCGUAGUAUUUUAUUUAUAGAACGGUUGGAAGUAAUCAAAUGGUUUUUUACCACAGUUUUAGAAUUUAUGAAGCUCGAAAAAAUCGAAAUAGCGGGCUUAAAAGGACGCACCCUUAGUGCCAAAAUACAAGAUAUUAGCGCAGAUUUCAAUGCUUACUUCACUGUUUUUGCCAGCAAAACAUAUGAUGUACUGGAUCCAGCAGAUCUUUCAUUUCAAGAUGAUUUUGAUGGGUUUCAAGAAAAAAUCCUGCAAUUGGAUUUAAAGCUUUGUGCGGUUUUAUGCCAGGCGUUUGAUGAAUGUUGCAAUUUGGAAGCAGUUUUCAAGUUAAUAAACAUUGCUGGAUCAGUUCUUGAGCGGCCAACGAUCAGAAAGGAAUUCACGAACAAGUACGUUAAAAUAUUGAACAUGUUGCGAAAAGAGAUGUCGGUGUGUAAACAAAUAUUUCAAGAUCAAAUGGCUUUUAUCGAAAACUGUGGUUGGAUGCCACUGGACAGAUGGAUGCCUCCUGUUUCGGGAGCUUUGGUCUGGUCGCGGCAACUCAAGACUAGAGCUUCGAUGCCAAUUGAUUACUUCAAAAGCGUUCAACAUCAAAUCACUGCAACAAAUCAUGCAAAACAAAUACUGUCUGUUUAUGAAACACUUAUGAAGGAUAUAAAAUCAUUCGAAAAACAAGUGUUUGAAAAAUGGAUCACAUUCAUACCAUUAGAAAUAUCAAAAAAUCUGAAGAAACCUAUAAUAGAAAGAAAAAACGAUAAUCCAAAUUUAAUUAUAUUAAACUUUGAUCCAGGGUUAGCAGAAAUUUUAGAAGAGGUUCGGUACAUGAAAAUAUUAAGCAGUAAAGAUAUUCCUGAAGAAGCAAUUCUGAUUUUUAAUAAAUAUGAAACCUUCAGAAAAUAUACAAAUGAUUUGGAGAAAAUAAUUUACUAUUAUAAUAAAAUAAAACUUAUCUGUGGAAAGGUGGAAUAUAAUCUUAUAAGUACCGACAUAGAAGCUAUCGAUGCUUUGAUACUGAGAGGUCAAACUGAUUUAAAUUGGGAUUCUCCAGAUUUGGGUCAAUAUUUAAAUUGCCUAGAAGCACCUAUAUACUCACUUCAAGACAGAGUAACGAAAGCGAAAGAAAAUAUUCAGGCAAUAAAGGAUAUUAUGUCAUACUGGUCCAAAGUGCCUUUAUUUGAAAGGAAAAAUUCUAGAAAAGACACUUUAUUAUACCUGGACGAGAGAAGUGACCGAACGCAAAAAGCUUAUUCACAAAUAAUUAACGCAUCCGAAAAAAUUCACUCCCUUCUAAAAGAAAAUAUGACUCUACUUGGUUUGCAAAAUAAUAUAGAUGAAUCUACCUGGAAGGAUUAUGUUUCCUAUGUUGAUGAAAUCGUAUAUGACUCGCUAUUAAAAACUGUCGGUUGUAGCUUGGGUUAUUUAAUCGAGAAUAUGGAUCCUGAUAACAAACUAUCACCUCUAUUCGAAUCAAAAUUAGAACUUAAAGAACCAAAUUUAGUAUUUGUUCCAUCUCUGAAUCCAGAUGAGCCCGGCUGUUUCAGUCACAUUAUAGCCGAGUUAGUCAGCGACAUUAUUAAAAUUUGUAGUUUGAUUCCAAGAGUUGCUUCCAGUAAGCAAACUUAUGCUGAAAUUAUUUGUGCAAAUAAUGAUAUAAAGGAAAUGAAAAAUGAAAUUAUGCAAAAUGUUGAUGAUGUUAUUCAAAAAGCAACAGAUUUUUGUCGAAACUUUGACAAAUAUUCAUAUUUAUGGCUGGAAGACAGACACGCAAACAUGGAAAUAUUUCUUACUUAUGGACGAUUGCUAAAUCCUGAAGAGUUGGAACUUGCUACCUUCGAUGAUCCUAUGGCACCUCCAAAACGUGCACCAAAAAUUGAAUCAUUUCGAGAACAAAUUGACAAUUAUGAAUCGCUGUUUACAGAAAUUGAGGAAAUUGAGAUAAAUCAGAUAUUUAAUGGGUGGUUCCAAGUAGACAUUAAGCCUUUUCGGCAAUCUCUUUUAAACACAGCGGCGAAGUGGGGCAAUAUGUUCAAAACACAUUUGGUAGAUGAUGUAACUAAUAGGCUUCUAGAUUUAGCAGCAUUUAUUCGUGAAACUGAUGAAGGUUUACUUCAAGUUGUUCAAGAAGGUGACUAUGAAAAGCUGGUAAAAAUUAUGGGGUAUCUGAUGAACAUAAAAGAACGCAGCGAAGUAACUAACGAUAUGUUUGGACCCCUGACUGAUACUAUUGAGUUAUUAAAAUUUUAUGAUAUGGAUAUACCAGAGGAAGUGAAUGUUCUUCUUCAAGAAUUACCAGAACAAUGGACGAAUACAAAAAAGAAUGCCUUAACAAUAAAGCAACAAGUUGCACCAUUACAAGCUGCUGAAGUAACGUUCAUUAGGAAGAAAAUUUUGGAAUUUGAUGCUGAUGUAUUACUAUAUAGAGAUUUUUUCAAAUCAUUAACGUUUUUCAAAUUUGAUUGUCGUGAUCCUUAUAAAUUGUUCGAUCAUACGAACAGUGAUUUGUAUCGUUUAGAAUGUCGAAUGACAUCCAUCCAAUCUUCAGGCUCGUUAUUUGAGGUCAGUGUUCCAGAAUUUAAGUUGUUGAAACAGUGCAGAAAGGAAUUACGCAUGAUUAAGCAAUUGUGGGAUUACGUAUUUAUAGUUCAAACCAGUGUGGAAGAUUGGAAAACAACUCCCUGGAGGACAAUAGAUGUAGAAAACAUGGAUAUUGAAUGCAAAAAGUUUGCAAAAGAUGUUAGAAUGCUGGACAAAGAAAUGAGAAAUUGGGAUACAUAUAAUGUACUUGAUGCUACUGUUAAAAAUAUGCUGACUUCAUUGCGAGCAGUAGGUGAGCUGCAGAAUACUGCGAUAAGAGAUCGACAUUGGCACCAGUUGAUGAAAUCCACUAAGAGUUUAGCUGCACUUGGUCCUGAGGUUACAACAAAAUUCAUCAUGGAUCACACAACGACAUUAGCUGAAUUGUUGGCGUUAAAUUUGCAUGAAUGCGAAGAUGAAGUGAAAACGAUUGUUGACAAAGCCGUAAAGGAAAUGUCCAUGGAAAAGGUACUACGCGAACUUGAUAGCACCUGGUCGGCUAUGGAAUUUGAUCAAGAACAACACGUUCGCACAGGAUCAAGUUUAUUGAAAACUAGUGAAAAUCUUAUAGAAACAUUAGAAGAUAACCAGGUCGUGCUACAAAAUCUGAUAACAUCAAAAUUUGUAGCAUACUUCUUGGAAGAAGUUUCUACAUGGCAAAAUAAAUUAUUGGUUGCGGAUCAAGUAAUAACGAUAUGGUUUGAAGUUCAACGGACUUGGUGCCAUUUGGAAAGCAUCUUUAUGAGCUCCGAAGAUAUUCGCCAUCAGUUGCCAACAGAUUCGGAGCGAUUUGACUUCAUAGAUCACGAAUUCAAGAUUUUAAUGAAAACAAUGUCAACAACACCAAACGUCAUAAAAGCUACCAACAGAGAGGGCUUAAUUGAAAAGCUCGAUGAUUUGCAGAAGAAUUUAAUUUUGUGCGAAAAAGCAUUGGCUGAAUAUUUAGAAACAAAGCGAUUGGCAUUUCCUAGGUUUUAUUUUGUGUCUUCUGCAGAUUUGCUAGAUAUAUUGUCAAAUGGCAAUCAGCCGCAUAUGGUGACACGUCAUUUGACAAAGUUAUUUGAUUCAAUGGCUAAACUCAAAUUCAAAGAGGAUGAAGAUGGAAACAGUAUUAAGUCUUCUUUUGGUAUGUUUGCAAAGGAUACGGAAUAUGUUGCUUUUAAUGAAGAAUGUGAUUGCAAUGGACCGGUGGAAGUGUGGCUAAAUAGAUUACAGACAUCGAUGCGAGAAUCAAUAAGACUGUAUUUCAAAGCAGCUGUUUACAUGUAUGAAGAAAAACCAAGAGAUCAAUGGCUUUUUGAUUAUCCGGCGCAAGUAUCUCUUUGUGGUACUCAAAUUUGGUGGACAACAGAAGUCAAUAUAGCGUUUGCUAAAUUGGAAGAGGGUUACGACAACGCGAUUAAAGAUUACUACAAGAAGCAAAUCCAGCAACUGUCCACGCUGAUUUCCUUACUCCUUGGACAAUUGACAAAAUGUGAUAGGCAAAAGAUUAUGACAAUAUGUACAAUAGAUGUGCAUUCAAGAGACGUUGUUCAUAAAUUCAUUCAAUCCAAAAUAGAAACGGGCGCAGCAUUUAUGUGGCAAUCUCAAUUACGACAUCGAUGGGAUGAAGGCAAAGUGGAUUGUUUUGCCAAUAUAUGCGAUGCCCAAUUUAAAUAUAGCCACGAAUAUUUGGGUAAUACACCGCGUUUGGUCAUUACACCUUUGACUGACAGAUGUUAUAUCACACUGACUCAGUCAUUGCAUCUGGUCAUGGGCGGAGCUCCUGCUGGUCCAGCCGGAACUGGUAAAACGGAAACUACAAAAGAUUUAGGCCGAGCUCUUGGAAUUAUGGUUUAUGUGUUCAAUUGUUCUGAACAAAUGGAUUACAAAUCUUGCGGCAAUAUAUACAAAGGACUAGCCCAAACCGGUGCUUGGGGAUGUUUUGAUGAAUUCAACAGAAUAACAGUAGAAGUUUUAUCUGUAGUUGCUGUGCAAGUUAAAUCUGUACAGGACGCAAUUAGAGAUAAGAAGACUACUUUUAAUUUCAUGGGAGAGCAAAUAGCCCUUACACCAACGGUAGGAAUAUUUAUUACUAUGAAUCCGGGUUAUGCUGGACGAACAGAGUUGCCAGAGAAUUUAAAAGCGUUGUUUAGGCCGUGCGCCAUGGUCGUUCCCGACUUCGAAUUAAUUUGCGAAAUUAUGUUAGUAGCAGAAGGAUUUCAAGAUGCAAGAAUUCUUGCUAGAAAAUUUAUAACAUUGUAUACAUUAUGCAAAGAGCUUUUGUCGAAGCAAGAUCAUUAUGACUGGGGUCUGAGAGCUAUCAAAUCUGUACUGGUAGUCGCUGGAUCACUUAAGCGAGGAGAUCGAGGUAGACCUGAAGAAGAAGUUCUAAUGCGAGCUCUGCGAGAUUUCAACAUACCAAAAAUAGUAACAGACGAUAUGCCAGUAUUCAUGGGUCUAAUAGGUGAUCUUUUUCCUGCCUUAGAAGUACCUCGCAAGAGGGAUGUGGAAUUUGAAAAAACAGUAAAACAAGCAGCAAUAGAUUUAACAUUACAACCUGAAGAUAAUUUUAUAUUAAAAGUUGUACAGCUGGAAGAGCUGUUAGAAGUGAGGCAUUCUGUAUUCGUCGUUGGAAAUGCUGGCACUGGAAAAACACAGGUGUGGAAGACUCUACUGAAAACAUAUCAAAACAUACAGAAAAAGCCGAUAUUUAAUGAUUUAAAUCCUAAAGCUGUUACAAACGAUGAAUUGUUUGGAAUAAUAAAUCCCGCAACAAGAGAAUGGAAAGAUGGUUUAUUUUCAGUCAUAAUGAGAGAUCAGGCUAAUAUUUCUGGCAAUCAACCUAAAUGGAUAAUUCUAGAUGGUGACAUUGACCCCAUGUGGAUUGAAUCUUUAAAUACUGUAAUGGACGAUAAUAAAGUUUUGACUCUUGCCAGUAACGAGCGUAUUGCCUUGACGCCUACGAUGAGAUUGCUCUUUGAAAUUUCGAAUCUACGAACUGCUACGCCGGCUACGGUUUCGCGUGCAGGAAUACUUUAUAUAAACUCGCAGGAUUUAGGCUGGAAUCCGUACGUAACAAGUUGGGUAGAAAAACGCACAAUCGCAGCCGAAAAAUCUAACUUGGUGAUACUUUUUGACAAAUAUAUUCCAUCGUGUUUAGAGAACAUCCGCACCAGAUUUAAGAAAAUUACCCCGAUCGCGGAAAUGGCUCAUAUUCAGAUGCUGUGUCAUUUACUAGAUUGUCUUUUGACAACUGAAAAUACUCCAGUAAAUUGCCCUAAGGAGUGGUACGAAGUAUAUUUUGUGUUUUCUUGUGUUUGGGCAUUUGGUUCCGCUAUGUUUCAGGACCAAACUAUUGAUCAUCGUAUCGAAUUUACAAAGUGGUGGAUAAAUGAAUUUAAAUCAAUUAAGUUUCCAACAGGAGGUACCGUUUUAGACUACUAUGUGGACUCUGAUACUAAACAAUUUGUCAAUUGGUCGGAGAAGGUUCCGAAAUUUGAAUUGGAUUUAGAAAUGCCUUUGCAGGCCGCACUAGUGCAUACAAGUGAAUCCAUCCGAUUGCGCUAUUUCCUGGACAUCCUGAUGGCUAAGCGCCAUCCGGUAAUGCUGGUUGGUACCGCAGGUUGCGGAAAGACAGUUUUAAUCAGUGAAAAACUUUCAUCACUUUCGGAAAAUUUUGCUGUAGCAAAUGUACCAUUCAACUUCUACACUACAUCGGAAAUGCUUCAGAGAAUUAUGGAAAAACCCCUUGAAAAAAAAGCUGGAAGAAACUAUGGUCCUCCAGGGAAUAAAGUGCUUAUAUACUUUAUUGAUGACAUGAACAUGCCAGAGGUCGAUGCCUACGGCACAGUUCAGCCGCACACUCUCAUUCGCCAGCACAUGGAUUAUAAUCAUUGGUAUGACCGAAACAAACUUGUACUAAAGGAUAUCCACAAUUGUCAAUAUGUAUCCUGUAUGAAUCCCACUUCUGGUAGUUUCACAAUUAAUCCAAGACUGCAGAGGCAUUUUACAGUUUUUGCAGUCAGUUUUCCUUGCAAUGAGUCUCUGGUGUCGAUCUACAGCACAAUUUUGAGUCAACAUUUUGCGAAUGCCGAACAAAAAUUUGUAUCGACAGUAACUCGUCUGGUACCAAAUAUUGUAACUGCUUCUUUAACACUUCACAACAAAUCUUCGCAGAUUUUUCUUCCAACUGCUGUUAAAUUUCAUUAUGUAUUCAAUUUGAGGGAAUUAUCCAAUGUUUUCCAGGGAUUAUUAUUCAGCACAAAUGACUGUCUGACUUGCCAAGAAGAUUUAAUACGUCUCUGGAUGCACGAGACCCAUAGAGUAUAUGGAGAUAAAUUAAUAGAUGACAAAGAUAUUGAAAGUUUUACUAAGAUGCAAAUUGAUAUAGCAAAAAAAAGUUUUGAGGAAUUGGAUGAAUCUAUAAUAUUUGAACUUCCCAAUAUAUAUUGCCAUUUUGCAAGUGGAAUUGGCGAACCAAAAUACAUGCCCAUCAAGGAGUGGCCCCAGCUAAAUAAAUUACUUCAAGAAGCGAUGCUCAGUUAUAAUGAUCUAAUCUCGGCUAUGAAUCUUGUCCUGUUCGAAGAUGCAAUGAUGCAAGUCUGCAGAAUAAAUCGUAUUUUGGAAUCACCUCGAGGAAGUGCCUUACUAGUUGGUGUAGGUGGUAGUGGCAAACAAUCUUUGUCCAGAUUAGCUGCCUUCAUAUCAGGACUCGAAGUUUCACAAAUACAAUUGAAAAAGGGAUAUGGACUUGCUGAUUUAAAAGCUGAAUUAUCUGGAUUAUACAUGAAAACUGGUCUCAAAAACGUAGGCAUCAUGUUUCUAAUGACAGACGCCCAAAUAGCAAACGAGCAAUUCAUGGUGCUAAUAAACGACAUGUUGGCGUCAGGAGAGAUUCCCGAUUUGUUUCCGGAUGACGAGGUAGAAAACAUCAUCGGUGGAGUACGAAAUGAAGUUAAAGGUGCUGGAAUUGUCGAUACUCGGGAAAACUGUUGGAAAUUCUUCAUAGAUCGUGUAAGAAAACAACUGAAGGUGAUGCUUUGUUUCUCACCUGUGGGAUCAUCAUUGAGAGUAAGAUCGAGGAAGAUUCCAGCUAUUAUCAAUUGUACGUGUAUUAAUUGGUUUCACGAGUGGCCGCACGAAGCACUUAUGUCUGUAUCGUUAAGAUUUCUCCAAGAACUUGAUGUUCUUCCGGAAACACAUCGAGAUGCAUCUGCAAAAUUUAUGGCUUACGCUCACACAUCUGUUAAUACAAUGUCUAAACAAUUUUUGCAUAAUGAAAGAAGGUAUAACUAUACCACUCCAAAAUCGUAUUUGGAACAAAUCAGCUUGUAUUCGAAACUUUUGACUCAUAAGAGCUCUGAACUACGUAGCAAAGUUGUGAGACUUGAAAAUGGGUUGGAAAAACUUAAAACUACUGCUGCGCAAGUCGAAGAAUUAAAAACAAAACUGGCUGAGCAAGAAAUUGAGUUACAAAUAAAAAAUGAUGCAGCUGAUCGAUUAAUUGAAAUUAUUGGAGUUGAAACUGAGAUAGUGCAGAAUGAAAAAGGAAUAGCUGAUGAGGAAGAGAGCAAAGUAGGCAUAAUAGCAGAAGAAGUAUCGAAAAAACAAAAGGAUUGCGAGGAAGAUCUCUUGAAGGCUGAACCAGCUCUAAUAGCAGCUCAAGAAGCUCUUAAUACUUUAAACAAGGGCAAUCUUACCGAAUUGAAGUCCUUCGGAUCUCCACCUGGAGCGGUAACCAAUGUUACAGCUGCCGUUAUGGUAUUACUGUCGCCUGCUGCUAAAGUUCCAAAAGAUCGUAGUUGGAAAGCGGCCAAGAUCGUCAUGGCUAAAGUCGACGCAUUUCUGGAAGCACUAAUCUCUUAUGAUAAGGAAAAUAUCCAUCCAGAAAUUAUCAAGGCGAUUCAACCAUAUCUUAAAGAUCCCGAAUUUGAACCAGAAUUUGUGCGAUCAAAAUCAGCGGCGGCAGCUGGUUUGUGUGCCUGGGUUAUAAAUAUCAUCAAAUUUUAUGAAGUUUAUUGCGACGUUGAACCGAAGAGAAAAGCACUUUUGCAAGCAAAUGCAGAACUUGCCGCGGCUCAAGAAAAACUGUUUAUUAUCAAGCAAAAAGUUGCUUCUCUGGAAGAGAAGUUGGCAAAAUUGACUGCAGACUUUGAGCAGGCAACUUCGGAAAAACUCAGGUGUCAACAAGAAGCCGAUGCUACAAAUCAAACCAUUCUAUUAGCUAAUAGAUUGGUAGGAGGUCUUGCAAGUGAGAAUGUUCGAUGGGCAGAAGCAGUAGCAGAUUUUAUGCGGCAAGAUACAACACUGCCAGGGGAUGUGCUACUAAUCACUGCAUUCAUAUCGUACGUUGGAUGUUUUACCAAACAGUACAGACAGGACUUGCUCAAUAAAUUGUGGCUGCCAUUUUUACGGACUUUAGAACCGCCAAUUCCUAUAACAGAAGACUUGGAUCCUCUCACUUUGCUAACGGAUGAUACAACAAUUGCCGUCUGGUGUAACGAGGGUUUGCCCAGCGAUCGUAUGUCUAUGGAAAAUGCGACUAUAUUAUCCAAUUCGGAUAGAUGGCCACUUAUGAUUGAUCCACAGUUGCAAGGUAUUAAAUGGAUAAAACAAAAGUACGGUAAAGAUUUGCAAGUAAUCAGACUCGGACAAAAAGGAUUUUUAGAUACAAUAGAAAAAUCAAUAAUCAAAGGCUAUACCGUGUUAGUAGAAAAUAUAGAAGAAACGCUAGAUCCUGUAUUAGAUCCAUUACUAGGUCGAAGUUUAAUAAAAAAGGGAAAGGCUAUUAAAAUAUGUGACAAAGAAAUUGAAUAUAAUAAUAGUUUUCGAUUAAUAUUACAUACAAAAUUAGCAAAUCCUCAUUAUAAACCCGAAAUGCAAGCACAAACAACUUUGAUUAAUUUUACUGUGACCAGAGACGGUUUAGAAGAUCAGCUAUUGGCAGAAGUUGUUAAAGCUGAAAGACCUGACCUGGAGGAACUUAAGGCUGAUUUAACAAAACAACAAAAUGAUUUCAAAAUUAUGCUUAAAACGCUCGAAGAUGAUUUGCUCUCCAGAUUAUCUUCAGCAGGUGAAAAUAUAUUAGGUGAUACUGCGUUAGUGGAAAAUUUGGAAACUACAAAGAAAACCGCGGCAGAAAUAGAGCAAAAGGUGGCGGAAUCUAAAGUUACAUCGACGCAAAUAGACCAGGCUAGAGAAUAUUAUAGACCAGCUGCUGCCCGCGCCAGUUUAUUGUAUUUCAUACUGAAUGAUCUCAACACAAUUAAUGCAAUUUAUCAAUUUUCUUUGAAAGCAUUUAGUGUCGUUUUCCAAAAAGCUAUUUCGAAAGCAGAGCCUUCAGAUGAUGUCGCAAAAAGAGUUCUGAAUUUAAUAGAUAGCAUAUCUUACUCAGUGUUUCAAUAUACAACCAGGGGUUUAUUUGAAUGUGAUAAACUGAUAUUUAGUUCACAAAUGGCAUUUCAGGUUCUUCUUAUGAGUGAAGAAAUAUCUUCAAAUGAUUUAGAUUUUCUUCUACGUUUUCCUAUAAAGCCACAUGUAACAAGUCCUGUGGAUUUCUUGUCAAAUAAUAGUUGGGGAGGUAUAUGCAGUUUAUCAGCUCGCGAUGAAUUUAGGAAUCUUGACCGAGAUAUUGAAACUUCAUCAAAGAGAUGGAGAAAAUUAGUAGAGUGUGAAUGCCCUGAACGAGAAAAGUUUCCACAAGAAUGGAAAAGUAAGACCUCCUUGCAAAGACUUUGCAUGAUGAGAGCUCUAAGACCUGAUCGAAUGACUUAUGCGAUUGCAUCAUUUAUUGAGGAGAAACUUGGUACAAAAUACGUUGAAAAUCGUACAAUGGAAUUUUCGAAAUCUUUCGAAGAAACCAGCCCAUCUACUCCUAUAUUCUUUAUUUUGUCUCCUGGAGUUAAUCCAUUAAAGGAUGUUGAAGCUCUUGGAAAAGUUCUUGGAUUUACUGCCGAUGCUGGCAAUUUUCACAAUGUGUCUCUUGGUCAGGGACAAGAAGUGGUUGCAGAAGCCGCAAUGGACAUAGCGGCUCAGAGAGGAGACUGGGUGAUUUUGCAGAAUAUUCAUUUAGUAAAAAAGUGGCUUCCUUCGUUGGAGAAGAAAAUUGAGUAUUAUGCUAAUGGUUCACAUGAGAACUAUCGCGUAUUUAUGAGUGCUGAACCAGCAGCUACGGCGGCGGCGCACAUCAUUCCACAGGGAAUUUUAGAGUCUUCUAUAAAAAUCACAAACGAACCGCCAACGGGCAUGCAAGCAAAUCUGCAUAAAGCACUUGAUAAUUUUAAUCAAGAAACUCUUGAAAUGUGCGGAAAAGAAGCCGAAUUUAAAGUCAUAGUAUUUGCACUUUGCUACUUCCAUGCAGUUGUGGCGGAAAGAAGAAAGUUUGGUCCGCAAGGGUGGAAUAAAAUAUAUCCAUUCAAUGUUGGCGAUCUUAAUAUAAGUGUGCACGUCUUAUAUAAUUAUUUGGAAGCAAAUUCAAAAGUGCCGUGGGAAGAUUUACGAUAUUUGUUCGGAGAAAUUAUGUAUGGUGGACAUAUCACUGAUGAUUGGGACAGAAAGUUAUGUAUUUCAUAUCUUGAAGAACUGAUGCAGCCCGAUUUGGUGGAUGGCGAAUUAUUCCUAGCUCCUGGAUUUAUGGCACCCCCUAACACCGACUAUGCCGGCUACCACGCCUAUAUCGAUGAAGCAAUGCCCGCCGAGUCGCCGUAUUUGUACGGAUUGCAUCCAAAUGCUGAGAUUGGUUUCCUUACGACAACCAGCGAAAAUCUCUUCCGAACUGUAUUCGAAAUGCAACCGCGCAAUGCAGGGUGCUCUGGAGGUGCAACUGUUACCAGAGAAGAGAAGGUUAAGCAGAUUGUUGACGAAAUUAUAGAAAAAUUACCAGAAGAAUUCAAUAUGUUAGAAAUCAUGGGCAAAGUCGAAGAAAGAACACCGUACGUUAUUGUUGCAUUUCAAGAAUGCGAGAGAAUGAAUUAUCUCACGGGAGAAAUAAAGAGAUCUUUAAAAGAACUCGAUUUAGGAUUAAAAGGCGAACUGACAAUUACGUCCGAUAUGGAAUGUUUGGAAAACGCUUUAUUUUUAGAUCAAGUUCCACAAAUCUGGUCUUCUAGAGCUUAUCCAUCACUUCUGGGGUUGACGGCUUGGUUUGUAGACUUACUACUGAGAUUAAGAGAAUUGGAAACCUGGUCUACCGAUUUUGUGCUUCCUGCUUCUGUAUGGCUUGCCGGAUUUUUUAAUCCACAAUCACUUCUAACCGCUAUUAUGCAAAGUACGGCACGUAAAAAUGAGCAACCCCUUGAUAAAAUGUGCCUGCAGUGCGAUGUUACUAAGAAGCAAAAAGAAGAUUUUACAACUUCUCCUAAAGAUGGUGCCUAUGUGCACGGUUUAUUGAUGGAGGGUGCACGAUGGGAUGUUCAAGCUGGAAUAAUUAUGGAAUCUAAACUGAAAGAAUUGUUUCCAUCUAUGCCUGUAAUUUACGUUCGGGCUAUAACUCAGGAUAGACAAGAUCUUAGAAAUAUGUAUGAGUGCCCCGUUUACAAAACGCGAAUGAGAGGUCCAACAUAUGUGUGGACUUUUAAUCUUAAAACAAAAGAUAAACCGGCAAAAUGGACACUUGCGGGUGCUGCGUUGUUACUGCAAAUAUAG